CGAUACUGCGACGACGAUGCCAGUGGUGGUCCUGCCCCCUCUCUCAGCCCACCAGCCCCAGUAUUCAACCAUGGAAACUAGUACUACCGACUAUGCAUAUACCCCUUCGCCCCGACGAUGCGCCGUCCUCGGCUGCCUCCACUAUGCCAAACUUCACGCCGUGUGUCUCGUGCAUCACCGCCAGCCUCCCCCCCAGUCCGGCUCUUCUCCCACCAACGCCCCCAAGCGCCGCAACAAAAAGUGCCAGUCCCACCGAUGCGAGUCGUUUGCCCGGUCCGGUGGCUUCUGCACCCGACACGGCGGAGGUCGAAAGUGCAAAGUCGCCGGCUGCACGACGGCGUCCCAAACUGGGGGCCAUUGCCGGCUGCAUGGAGGGGGGUCCAAGUGCAAAAUCGACAAGUGCGACCAGUUUGCCCGAACUCGCGGAAUGUGUUUGCCUCACAGCCGAGCCGAGUAACCUGUGGGCCGAGUAUUUAAAGUUGGAAAUGGAUGUAUUUUAGUGAA